ACAAAGACGGCGGACCUGCUGAACUGAAAAAUAUCACUUAACUUGACAAAUCAUUCAAGAGUCUUUAUUUGUUCAGUAAACAACAACAACAAAAAUACCGUCCAGAUUACUAGACGUGUCCUCGGGGAUGCUUAAAGAACUGUCAGGACAGCGGCGCUGGAUUCGGGGCGCCUUGUGAUCGACCAGGAGGCAGCUCGAUGAAUAUGGCGUGUAUCGGGGACGCGGACCCUUUCACCGCUGCGAUACCUGCCACCAAAGUUGAACUCACGGUUUCCUGCAGAAACCUGCUGGAUAGAGACACCUUCUCCAAGUCUGAUCCAAUUUGUGUGCUGUACAUACAAGGAAUAGCCAACAGGGAGUGGAGAGAGUUCGGCAGGACAGAAGUCAUAGACAACACCCUCAACCCCGACUUUGUCCGCAAAUUCAUCCUGGACUACUUCUUCGAGGAGCGGCAGAACCUCCGCUUUGACCUGUACGAUUUGGACUGCAAGAGCGACAACCUCUCGAAACACGACUUCCUGGGACAGGCGUUCAGCACGCUGGGUGAAAUAGUUGGCUCCCUGGGGAGUCGCCUGGAAAAACCUUUGAUUGGGAUCCCAGGGAAGAAAUGCGGCACCAUCAUAGUGAGAGCCGAGGAGCUGAGCAACUGCAGGGAGUCGGUGAUGCUGCAGUUCUGUGGCAACAAACUGGACAAGAAGGAUUUCUUCGGAAAAUCAGAUCCUUUCCUCGUCUUCUACCGCAGUAACGAAGACGGAUCGUUUACCAUCUGCCACAAGACCGAGGUGGUGAAGAAUACUCUGGAUCCGGUGUGGCAGGCUUUUAAGAUUCCUGUCAGGGCGCUGUGUAACGGAGACUAUGACAGGAGCAUUAAGGUGGAGGUGUACGACUGGGACCGAGAUGGAGGCCACGACUUCAUCGGCGAGUUCAGCACCAGCUACAGAGAAAUGUCCAGAAGCCAGUCGCAGUUCCACAUUUAUGAGGGGAGGUAUGCAUCAGCAGUGACGGAUGGCUCACAGUACUUCAUCCUGCUCAUCAUCUCUGACGGCGUCAUCACCGACAUGGCACAGACCAAGGAGUCCAUCGUCAAUGCCGCGUCUCUGCCCAUGUCGAUUAUCAUAGUCGGGGUUGGACCUGCGGAGUUCGACGAAAUGAUCGAGCUGGACGGGGACGAGGAGAGGAUCUCUUCCCAAGGACGCUACGCAGAGCGGGACAUAGUUCAGUUCGUCCCUUUCAGAGAUUACAUCGACCGGCGAGGAAACCACAUCCUCAGCAUGGCCCGCUUGGCUAAGGAGGUGCUCGCUGAAAUCCCAGACCAGUUCCUGUCCUACAUGAGAACCAGAGGCAUCAAACCCGGCCCCUUACCGCCUCCUUACACCACCUGUCCUCCUCCCGCUCUCCACCCGCUCCUCGCCAGACGGGUAAGCAGAAUCUAAAGGCCCGGGUUUCUUCUCUUGGACGGCCGGCCAGCCAACUCUACCGGUCUCUCCUCUCCUCUCUCUGCUUCUUCUUCUUCCUGCUCUUCACUGGAAGCUUUCGAGCGCACGGCGGACCCUCGCCAGCUCUCUCAUGCCGCACUUUCGGAAACGUUUGGCCAUGAGUGGUGAGCGUGACAACACGGGAUGCUUCCGGAUGUACAUUUCUCUGAGGUUGUGACGGAUCCUGGUGUUGAUCUGUGGCGGGGGGGGAAUACGGGGACGGGGGACUGAGACUGAACACUCGCAGCUUUCAGUCUGGAAGGGUCCAAACCGAGGGGGGCCCUGUUUUCAAACACCGCUCAUCUCUUCUGAUUCUAUCUCCACUUCCUCCAUCCUUCACGAAGUCAUCUCUCAAUAUAUAAAUGUUUACAAACCGAGGACGGGAGCGGGAGUUUUUAUCAGGAGGACGUUUUUACCGAUCAAUGUGAAGUUCUUUCAAAAUUCCUAUUUUUCAGCUGCAGAAACUGAAGGUUGUGACUUUGUACAGAAACAAACAUUUAGGCGCUGUGCCACGUUCUUCAUUACAAAGUGUGUAUGUUUUUGAUAAAUGGAGCAUGUGCUAGUUUAAGAGAAGCAUGCACUGUCGUCUUGCACUCAGGGCUUUGUCCCUCCCACACGAACCCCACCUGCCGCCGCCGCCGCCACUGCCAUGUUCCAUUACGUGCAAACCCAUCACCUCCAAUCAGAAAUCUUCUCCACCUUCUGCUCCGCCCACCGGCCUUGACUCCUUGCUCCUCGGGAGUCUGGUCCCAUGAAAUGCAGCAGGGACUUAAACAAGCCUUACUCUUCUUCUUCUUCUUCUUCUUCUUCUUCUUCUCGGAUAACGUUCACAGGCACGGUGGGUUCUGGAAAACGUGGAUCUCCAAGCCCAGACGUCAAAAACACACAUCUCACUACCGAACCUGACUGUGUGUUAGAGUCUCUUUUAUUUUCCUGCGCUCACAUUGUACUUCAGAAGCAUUUCUUUGUUUCGUUUAACGUCUCUCUACCUCUCACUUGGUUCAAUAUUGCCAAAAAAAAAAAAAGUUGUUUAAAUAACAAAGUGUUGGCGUUUCUGUGAUUCUGUUGAGUUCACAGUUUUUACCUUUCUCACAAAGUAUUCAUCAGAUAUCUGCCAAACUGUAGGUUGGGGAAUCACAACACUUUGGUAGCUUUUUCCAGAUCAGGUGACUCACGGCGUCAGUGUUAGCAACACACUGUGAAUAUGUGCACGGAAAACGAGCUCACCAACUAAAAGGAAAGGAUGUUUUUCAUUUAGCAGACAGAUGAAAGUGAGGACUGUGAACACACUUUCAGUUUUGUCCAACAGCAUUGUAACUAAGGCAGUAAUAAUCAGUAACCCCUUCAACAGUAGCAUGUAUUAAAUCAUCUACUUAAAGGAAUGUUCUCCAGAAGAAAACACGCUGCUGCUUCAAAUACUCGCUGUCUGAAGGCUUCAGGAAGAUAAGGUCGCUGCAAUUCCACCAGAUCAGUGUCCAGUCUGUCUCCGAUUCACCACGGCAGCGGAUCUGAUAGGUUUCUAUUCUAGCCAAUGUGUUAACUUCCACUGGAUCCAGUUCGUUGCGUUCCAGCUGCAUCUCUGAUCCAACAGGUUGGACCCCUCCGGAUAAGAUACACAAGACUUGGGGGCACUGGUGGCCUAGCAGUCUAUGCGCCCCACGUAUAGAGGCUAUAGUCCUUGUCGCAGAGGUCACCAGGGUUAGGGUGAGACCACUCUCAAUCCUCUGCCGUCGACUCCCGGCUGGUCGACCAUCUACCGCAUGUCUUCCCCCGCUGUCUACUCCCCACACUUCCUGUCUCUCUUCAGCUGUCCUGUCAAUAAAUGCAAAAAGGCCAAUUAUAUGACUUAAAAAUAUAAAAGAUACGGAAGAUUUCUAGUUUAGAAUAAUCGCGAGAGUACGAAACUCUUUAAACAAGACUAGAGCAAUGUGAACAAUCCGUCACAGCAGCGGAUCUGAUAGGUUUCUGUUCUAGCCAAUGUGUUAACUUCCACUGGAUCCAGUUCGUUGCGUUCCAGCUGCAUCUCUGAUCCAACAGGUUGGAGCCCUCCAGAUCAGAUACGCAAGACUUGGGGGCACUGGUGGCCUAGCAGUUUAAGCGCCCCACGUAUAGAGGCUAUAGUCCUCGUCGCAGAGGUAGCCGGUUCGACUCCUGGCUGGUCGACCAUCUACUGCAUGUCUUCCCCCGCUGUCUACUCCCCACACUUCCUGUCUCUCUUCAGCUGUCCUGUCAAUAAAGGCAAAAAGGCCAAUUAUAUAACUU